CCGCAAUGGUUCCGGCCGCGUUUAAAGGGCUCAGAGCGGCCGGGGCGGGAGCAGACGCCGAACGGCGGCGGCUGGAGGAGGCGGCGGAGGGGGGGCGCGCGGAGCGGGCGGCAGGCUGGAUGAACUGCCUCUGCCUGGCUGGGCCGGGCCCCAGGCGACUAGCUGGUUAUCAUGUGGCAGCUGCCGCUCGCUGUCACCUCUGUUGCUUCAGUUCUCCUGUCCUUGUUGCUGCCGCUGUCAGGCACCUUACCUGCACGUGCCACCUUCACCGUCUCAGACGUGGGCCUCAGCCACCUGGCGGUUCACCAUGACACAGGUGAGGUCUACCUUGGUGCCAAUGUAAUCGCAUUUACAAGCUCUCAGCCAACUUGACCCUGCUAGUUGCGACGUGAUGCUACAGAGCCCGGUGCCCGGGAUGACCCCCGUUGCCAUACUCCUCCUCGUGGCGUAAGGAGCCUAUGCUGCGUUCACCAGCUAUCUCCUGCUGAUAACGUCAAUAAGUUGCUGCUGAUUGACUAUGCUGGCAGUCGGCUGGUUGCGUGUGGCAGCGUCUGGCAGGGAGUGUGCCAGCUCUUGCGGCUCGAAGAUUUGGCCAAACUGGGUGAGCCACACCAGCGAAAAGAGCACUAUUUAUCUGGCGGGCGUGAGCCAGAUGCCAUGGUUGGCGUGAUCGUGGAGAAACCGGGGCAGCCCAGCCGCUUCUUUGUAGGCACGUCCAUCGGAGGGCGCUCGGAAUAUUUCCCUACCCUUUCCAGCCGGCGCUUGACCCCCGAUUCCACCAGCCCCGAGAUGUUCAGCCUCGUUUAUCAGGAUGAGUUUGUUUCCUCCCAAAUCAAGGUGCCUUCCGACGACACCUUCCCUCGCUUGCACUCGACCUUCGACGAUAUCUACCACGCAAUGUCUGCGCUUUGUGUCCCGGAGGGUUUCGUGUGUAUUUCCUGACUUUGUGUUGCGACCUUAUCGCUCCAGACACCCCUAGAGCCAGCGGGCGGCUCAGUGGGCCCCGGAGUGUCUGGGGGAGAGAGGUUCUUCUCAUCCAAAAUUGUGCGUCUUUGUGCCAAUGACACCGAGUUCUACUCUUACGUGGAGUUUCCCCUGGGCUGUUCCAAGGAUGGUGUGGAAUAUCGCCUUGUGCAGGCCGCACAGCUGGCUAAAGCGGGCCGCCAGUUGGCCCGGUCCCUGGGCAUCGCUGAGGGGCAGGAUGUACUCUAUGCUGCCUUCUCGCAAGGCCAGAAGAACCGGGCCACCCCGCCCCGGGAGAGCCUCCUCUGCCUCUUCACGCUGGACGAGGUUAAUCAACGCAUCCGGGAACGUAUCCAGUCGUGCUACCGUGGCGAAGGACGCCUCUCUCUGCCGUGGCUUCUGAACAAAGAGCUGCCUUGCAUCAACACGCCCAUGCAGAUCAAUGGGAAUUUCUGUGGGCUGGUGCUAAACCAGCCCUUGGGGGGCCUGCGGGUCAUCGAAGGGCGCCCCCUGCUGGAAGAGAAGACUGAAGGCAUGGCCAGCGUCACUGCGUACACCUACCGUGGCCACUCGGUUGUGUUCAUAGGAACUCGCGCUGGCAAUCUCAAGAAGGUACGUGUGGACAACCCGGACGAGGCUCAUCUGUACGAAUCUGUACCCGUGAUGCCCGGAGAGCCCGUCCUGCGAGACAUGGUCCUGAGCCCUGACCAACAACACCUCUAUUUGCUCAGUCAAAGACAGGUGGUGCGGCUUCCUGUGGAAAACUGUGAACAGUAUUUGACUUGUCCUGAGUGCUUGGGCUCCAGAGACCCCCACUGUGGCUGGUGCGUCCUGCACAACAGGUGUUGUAGGGAAAGCGAGUGCCCUCACGCAGCAGAGCCUCACCACUUCACGUCGACACUGAGCCAGUGUGUGAAGCUGAUCGUAGAACCGAAUAAUGUCUCUGUCACAGACCCCAGCAUCUUGCUUCAGAUGACUGUCCACAACGUCCCAGAUCUGACGGCCGGGGUGAUUUGCUCCUUUGAGAGCCUCGGAGAGAGCGAGGGGCAGCUGCAGAUAGAUGGGGGAAUCCGCUGCCUUUCUCCUACCUUGCGGGACGAGCCGCCCGGGGAGCAUGGUGAUGUCCGUACUGUGAGGCUCCGCCUUCUCUCCAUAGAGACUGGGGUAGAAUUUGCCAGCACCAAUUUUGUCUUCUAUGACUGCAGCCUUCUGCGCACGUGUCUGUCAUGCGUGAGCAGCCGGUACCCUUGCCACUGGUGUAAAUAUAGACACGCUUGCACCCACAACGUUGCCAAGUGCUACUUUGUGGAGGGACGAGUGAACACUACUGAGGGCUGCCCAGAGCUGCUUCUUGGUGGAGAGAUCUUGAUUCCAGUGGGGGUGUUGCAACCUAUUACUCUGCGGGCCAAGAACCUUCCACAACCUCAGUCGGGCCAGAAGAACUACGAAUGCGUUUUGGGUAUCCAGGGUCGGCAGCAGCGGGUCCCAGCCGUACGCUUCAAUUCGAGCAGCGUGCAGUGCCAGAAUACAUCGUAUUGGUACGAGGGAGAGGAAGUGGGGGAGCUGCCGCUGGACUUCGACGUGAUUUGGGAUGGAGACUUUGCCAUUGACAAGCCACCCGGGUUCAAAGCUCUGCUGUACAAGUGUUCAGCCCAGCGUUCUAGCUGCGGGCUCUGCCUCAAGUCCGAGCCCCGCUACGAGUGUGGCUGGUGUGUCCCUGAGCAUCGCUGCCUCCUGCGCCCUCACUGUCCUGCUCCCCGGCAGAACUGGGUGCCGCCUGGCCGAAGGGGUGCCCGCUGUGCCCACCCCCGCAUCACCCAGGUGUCACCCCUGACUGGCCCCAAGGAAGGGGGAACACGGGUGACAAUUUGGGGCGAGAACUUGGGGCUUCAUUUCUACGAGGUGGGGGUUCGUGUGGCUGGCGUGAGGUGUAGUUCCCUUCCUGCUGAAUACGUUGGUGCCGAGAGGCUGGUGUGUGAACUGGAGCCGUCGCUGCUGCCCGACCCUUCCCCUGGGCCCGUGGAGCUCUGCGUAGGUGACUGCAGUGCUGAUUACCGGACCCAGUCGGACACACUGUUCACAUUCGUGAACCCCAGUUUUUAUGGGGUGGAUCCAGAACGAGGCCCUGCCUCAGGUGGUACUAGAAUCACCCUCCUAGGAACCCACCUGGAUGCUGGGAGCAACGUCAGCAUUGCAAUCCGGGGAGCGCCGUGUCGGCUGGUCAGGCGAAGCGCAGGGGAGAUUGCCUGCCUGUCUCCCUCUUCGGUGGUGGGGCCAGGCCCCGCAAAUAUUAGCCUCCGCAUCGACCGCGCAAGCAUCAGCAUCAACAGCACCGUCUUCUUCCGCUACAGUCCCGACCCGGUCGUCACAGCGGUAGAGCCCGCCUGGAGCAUUGCCAAUGGUAGUACUAGUCUGACAGUGAGUGGGACCCACCUGCAGACAAUCCAGGAACCGCGAGUUCGGGCUUCUUACGGGGGAAUCGAAACAAUCAAUAGCUGCCAGGUACUGAAUGACUCUGUGAUGUUGUGCAAGGCCCCGGGCAUCAUACCUGGGAAGCAGGCCCUGCCCCUCGCAGGCGCUCACCCUGAUGAGUUUGGCUUCCUCCUGGACGAUGUGGCUGCCGUGCGAACUCUGAACCGCUCAGCUUUUACCUACUACCCUGAUCCCAGCUUUGAGCCGUUCGGGCCCAGUGGCUUCCUGGAGAUUAAGCCUGGAUCCCACGUGGUCCUCAAGGGCAGGAAUCUGAUCCCGGCAGUGUCGGGCAGCUCACGGCUCAACUACACGGUUCUGAUUGGUGGGGAGCCCUGCACCCUCACCGUCUCAGAGACUCAGCUGCUGUGUGACUCGCCAAGCCAAACCGGGGAGCAGCCAGUCAUGAUCUUGGUGGGGGGCCUGGCUUUCUCCCCUGGCACCUUACACAUCUAUCCCGAAGCAGCCCUGCCUCUGCCAGCUCUGGUCGGGUUAGGUGCCGGAGGUAGUUUGCUUCUGGGCGCCAUUAUCGGGGUAUUGGUGGCUUAUAAACGGAAGACACGGGAUGCCGACAGGACACUGAAACGCCUGCAGUUGCAAAUGGACAACUUGGAGUCUCGCGUGGCCCUGGAAUGCAAAGAAGCUUUUGCUGAGCUGCAGACCGACAUUAAUGAGCUGACGAACAAUAUGGAUGGAGUGAAGAUCCCCUUCCUGGACUAUCGGACGUACGCACGGCGCGUGCUCUUCCCGGGCGUUGACGAACACCCAGCCCUGCAGGAGACCAGCACGCCCCCGAGCACGGAGAAAGGGCUGCGACUCUUUGGGCAGCUGCUGCACACGCGGCCCUUCCUGUUGACUUUCAUCCACACGCUGGAGUGCCAGCGGGCCUUCUCCAUGAGGGACCGAGGCGCCGUGGCCUCCCUGACCAUGGUGGCCCUUCAGGGCAGACUUGACUACGCUACCGGGGUGCUCAAGCAGCUGCUGGCUGACCUCAUUGAGAAGAACCUACAGAACCGGGCCCACCCGAAGCUCUUACUCCGCCGGACGGAGUCGGUGGCUGAAAAAAUGUUGACCAAUUGGUUCACUUUCCUGCUGCACAGGUUUCUCAAGGAGUGUGCUGGAGAACCUUUGUUCAUGCUUUUCUGUGCCAUUAAGCAGCAAAUGGAGAAGGGACCCAUAGACUCCAUCACGGGCGAGGCGCGCUACUCUCUGAGUGAGGACAAGCUCAUUCGUCAGCAGAUCGACUACAAGACUUUGACUCUCCUCUGUACCCCGCCGGAGCCACCUGGCGGCCCAGCAGUGCCCGUCAAGGUGUUAAACUGUGAUUCGGUGACACAAGUGAAAGAGAAGCUGCUGGAUGCUGUGUACCGAGGGGUGCCCUAUUCACAGCGGCCUCGCGCCGAGGACAUGGAGCUUGAGUGGUGUCAGGGUAACGGCGGGCGAACAGUCUUGCAAGAUGAAGACACCACCAGUAAGAUUGAAGGGGACUGGAAACGACUCAACACCCUCGGCCACUAUCAGGUCUAUCGAAAGAAAGGAAAGGUGAAAUUCAACCCCAGCAACCCCUGCGACUUGAAGAACUGA